AUGGAGGCGCAGUGCUGGCGCAGUGCAGCAUUUGACUGCACGCCCCAGCCAGCAGCCUGCUGCCCUGACUGGAUGGCGGGGCUUCCCGAUGCCCUGCCCCUCUCCCGCCUCUCCAUCCCUGGCACCCAUGACUCCCUCAGCCUGUUUGGUGGCCGGCGCCUGCGGUGCCAGAGCUGGGGCCUGGAGGCUCAGCUGGCAGCCGGUGUCCGCUUCCUGGAUGUGCGCUGCAAGCUGGCACAGGGCGAGCUCCACGUCUACCACCUCUGCACCUUCCAGCGGGCCAGCCUGCGGGGGGUCCUGCGCCGCACCCUGCGCUUCCUGCGCGCCCACCCCAGUGAGGCUGUGCUCAUGCGCAUCAAGGAGGAGCUGCCCAUCUUCUCCCGGCCUGGCUUCGCCGCCCAGCUGCAGCGCUGCUUGCUGGAGGAGGGACAGGGCUGCGUGUGGUGCCGGGAGGAGGUGCCAACGCUGGGCCAGGUGCGAGGGAAGAUUGUGGUGCUGGAAGCACUGGCACGGGAGGUGUUGGGCAUCCCCUAUGAGCAGCUGAGCAUCAGCGAUGCCUGGAACGUGCUCUCGCUGGAGCGCAAGUGGGCCCAGGCACGGCGGCACCUGGAGAGUGCAGCCAGUGGGGACCCUGCCACCAUGCACCUCACGUUCUGCUCCGGCAACGGGCUGUUCACCUGCCCUGAGGAGGUGGCCCGCUUUGUGAACCCCCGCUGCUACCAGCACCUGCGGCGCCGGCAGGGGCAGCCCAUGUGCUGGGGGGUGGUCAUCAUGGACUUCCCCGGGGCAGGCCUCCUGCGGCUCAUUGUGGAGAGCAACGGUCUGCAGGCCAGCGGACACAUCACAGCAGCCCCCAGCACCCCCACAGUACCCUCGCGGCACCCCCACGGCAGAGGGGACAGGCGCUGCAGUCAGCACACCUCCGCUCACUGCCCACAUCGGUGCCCAUCGAGACGGAUGCUGCUCCCAGCCCCACACCUCUGCCAAAGGACAUGA